AGAUAGUUGUUUGCAUAAAGAAACGAAACGAAAUUUCGUUCUCGUAAUCUCGUUGAUCGAACACAUAGUGAAUGUGAUUUCUUUCAAAGAAGAACUGUACUGUAAACAGUUUGACAGGGCGACUGAAGUUGAAGAUGCUCCAAGGAAAACUACCAAGUGAAGUAGUGACCAAGCGUCAACAGUACCUCAAUGCUUUGAAGCGGUACGUGGAAGAGCAGGAAAAGAAAUUAGCAGAAACUCUGGACAAGCUGGGCUGGACCGAGGAGGAACUGUGUAAGAUUCCAAAGAAGCAAGUGUGUCCGUACAACAAAGAUCAUAUUGUUCCUGAGAAUGCCUUCAAAAAGCAUGUGGAGAAAUGCAGGUUGCUCAAAGCAGGUUGUCAAAAGGACGAAUUGGAGCCAUUGCUUCAAGACAUGGACUUUUGGUACAGCAGCUCAGACUCAAUUAUGAAAGUUGACAUUGAUGAAAGUCUUUUGAACAAGAUCAUAUGGGACCACUGUGUGCAGACAGGCCAGGUUUACACUGGACACCGCAGCAUGCCCGUCAGUCACAUUGACGCCAACAUUAAUUUGACGCAAGAGGAUCAUCUCGCUGUGUACCGACAUGUGGUGCAGACCUCCCACGAGGCGGGGAAAGUGAUACCUAUCGACCGCAGCGAUGAACUCCUCACCACGGACUGGAGCAGUCUUGUGAAGAAAGGUCUUCUGAAUGAACAGAGCAACAAGGAGUUUUCCUCUAAGUUGGAGCAACUGGCUGCUCUCCGAGACAUGAAGAGAAGGAGGCAGUCGUACAGGGCAAAAAACGUUCAUAUCACCAAGAAAUCCUACAAAGAGAUUAUCCGUGAAGUGAUCGUGAAUCAGAUGGAAGUACUAAAGCCUGCUGAAGAGGAUGAAAAACCAAGUCUAUCAAGACUGAGUGAGGGGAGGGACAGAGACCGAGACAUAAGAGAGAAAGGAGGACAGUCCAGCCGACACGGCAGCAGGGACCGAUAUCGACGUGCCGAUCGAAGCCCCUUAGACGAGAGGAGAAACAGAAGCCCAAUGACCCGUAGGAGUCGGGAUCGAAGUCCGUACAGUAGACACUCGAAACGAGAAAGGUCUCGAGACAGACAUCGCGGGGACCGGAGCAGAUUCAAAGAGGGAUCAUAUUAUCCAGAUUCCAGCCGUCGAUACAACCCAGAAGGUUCUCAACAAGAGAUCUUGUCCGUUGAAGGAGGGUACUUGGACUUACAGCUUAAGCAAGAGGAAGUGUCCGAUGACUCCCAAGAUCAAGAAUAUGAAUACAAGGACAGGUCUCGCUCGAGUUACUUGGGUGAAGAGGAAGAAAAGAAAAGGCAUAAAAGAAGGAAGCGUAGUCGCUCAUUGUCAGAAUGUUCGGAGAGUGAGGCGAAUGAAGAGGGUUCUCGUCGCGACGGUCGUGGUAAGCAUAAAAAGUCUAAGCACAAAAAGAAACACAGCAAGAAGCAGAAGAAGAAAUCUAAGUGAUUGCAAUAUGAGUGCUUGAAGUAAGUCUCUGAUGGGUUGUAAAGUUACGAAAAGGACACCUUUUUUUGUGUGUGUGUGUGUAAGAAUGGAAGAAUGGCCUCAGAAUGUUCAGUACAAAUUAAGUCUUUGUUUGCAAAGAAAUGAAUUGAACUGUUUAUGAUUAUUAAAAAUGACAAUUACAAUGA